GUAGUGUUUAAGACAAUGACAACGCCGCCCGGACCGUUCCCGUCAGGGAGUGACGCGCUCACAGUGAAUCGCGUUGCGGUGAAGAUCCCGGAGUUUUCGCCGACUGACCCAGAGUUAUGGUUCGCCAUGGUCGAAAAUAGCCUGGACGCGAGCGGGGUGACAACCGAGGCGACGAAGUUCGGUUAUGUGUUGGGAGCGCUCAAACCGGAAUAUGCGGCGGAGGUCCGCGACAUCAUAUUGGCUCCUCCAGCUCAGCCGUUCACCAAGCUCAAGGCAGAACUCAUCAAGCGAAUGGGUUCGUCGCAGGAGCAGAAGACUCGGCGUUUGCUGGAGCACGAGGAGAUAGGCGACGGUAAACCUUCGCAGUUUCUACGCCACCUGCGAUCUUUGGGGGGAACGACCGUUUCGGAGGAAAUUCUGCGUAUCCUGUGGGUGGGCCGACUACCCUCAAAUAUGCAGGUCGUUUUGGCAACGCAGCGGGGCGUUGAACUCGACCGAGUUGCAGAAUUGGCCGACGCGAUCGCCGACACAAUGGGCCCACGCGCACAGGUGGCUGAGGCCGUUGCGGGCCCCUCCGCACCGCAGUCUGCAGGAAGGGGCGAUUUCGAAGAGCAGAUAUACACGCAGAUAGCGCAAUUAACGGCCACGUUUCAGCAGGAGCUCGCCGUGAUUCGGUACGAGAUGAACUCGGGUCCGCGCAGUUUCGAGCAACGACGAAACGCUCCAGGCCGAGUGCGACCGCGAUCGCGAUCCCGAGAACGCCGAACGCAACAACGUGGUGGGAAGUGUUUCUAUCACUUUAAGUUCGGGGCGAACGCGCUGCGUUGCGAAUCCCCGUGUAAUUGGUCCGCAUCGGGAAACGCGUCGGGCAGUCGUUGAUGACGGCCAGCGAUCAUUGCCCGUCGUCGCGCCGUUUGUUCGUUACCGAUCGGGUGACGAAAACGCAGUUCUUGAUCGA